GCUUCGUUAGUGUUGAUUAGCUUUGAAAAUUUUACUUAGUUACGGAAAAAGCAAUGCUUAGCGUUAUACGGGUGCAUCUACCGUCGGAGAUACCUAUUGUUGGCUGCGAACUUACACCUUACGUGCUUCUCCGGCGGCCUGAUAAAACCCCUACCACCGAUGAUGUGCCUGAGUCUGCCCCGCUUGAAGGUCACUUCUUAAAGUACAGAUGGUAUCGAGUACAGAGUGAUAAGAAAGUUGCGAUUUGUAGUGUGCAUCCAUCCGAGCCGGCCACAUUGCAGUGUCUGGGAUGUCUAAAGUCUAAGGUUCCUGUUGCUAAAAGCUACCAUUGCUCUACUAAGUGCUUUUCAGAUGCCUGGCAACAUCACCGUGUGUUGCAUGAGCGUGCUGCCAGUGCUGCUACAGAAGGAAAUGAUGAAGAAGAGUUGCUCCGUUUGAAUAGCUCAGGGUCUGGAUCUGGUGUUCUCAGCACCAGUGGUAGUUUAACGAAUGGGUCAUCAUCAGUUUAUCCUGCAGCCAUAACUCAAAAGACAGGUGCUGGAGGAGAAACACUUGUUGAGGUUGGACGCUCUAAGACAUACACACCAAUGGCUGACGAUAUUGGCCAUGUUUUGAAGUUUGAAUGUGUAGUAGUCAAUGCAGAGACAAAACAGAAUGUGGGCCUUUCUUGUACCAUAUUGACUUCCCGUGUUAUUCCAGCUCCAUCACCUUCUCCCCGUAGGCUUAUCCCUGUUAGUGGAGCUGAUGUUAUUGGGCACCUGGAUUCUAAUGGGCGACCUUUGUCUAUGGGAUCAUUCACUGUGCUGUCCUACAAUAUAUUGUCUGAUACAUAUGCUAGCAGCGACAUAUACAGUUACUGCCCCACAUGGGCUCUCACUUGGACAUACCGUAGACAGAAUUUGUUACGGGAAAUUGUCAAGUACGGUGCAGAUAUAGUUUGUCUACAAGAGGUACAGAAUGAUCAUUUUGAGGAGUUUUUUUCUCCUGAGCUGGAUAAACACGGAUACCAAGGUCUUUUUAAGAGGAAAACAAAUGAGGUUUUCGUCGGUAAUACAAACACAAUUGAUGGGUGCGCUACUUUCUUCAGAAGAGACAGGUUCUCACAUGUCAAAAAAUACGAGGUUGAGUUCAACAAGGCUGCACAGUCUUUGACUGAGGCUAUUAUCCCUGUUUCCCAGAAGAAAACUGCUUUAAAUCGAUUGGUUAAGGAUAAUGUUGCUUUAAUAGUUGUACUGGAAGCAAAAUUUGGUAGCCAGGCUGCUGACAAUCCUGGGAAGCGCCAGCUACUUUGUGUGGCUAACACACAUGUAAACGUUCCUCAUGAACUGAAAGAUGUAAAGCUGUGGCAGGUUCACACAUUAUUGAAGGGACUUGAGAAAAUAGCUGCCAGUGCAGAUAUUCCAAUGCUUGUGUGUGGAGAUUUCAACACAGUACCUGCGAGUGCUCCUCAUACACUUCUUGCUAUGGGAAAGGUCGAUCCGUUGCACCCAGAUUUGAUGGUUGAUCCUCUUGGAAUUUUGCGUCCUCACACCAAGCUUACUCAUCAGCUGCCACUGGUUAGUGCUUACUCAUCAUUUGCAAGAAUGGGAGGCAGCGUUAUUGCUGAGCAGCAACGUAGAAGAAUGGAUCCUGCAUCCAAUGAACCGUUGUUUACCAACUGUACGAGGGACUUUAUAGGCACACUUGAUUACAUAUUCUACACAGCUGACACGCUAGCAGUGGAAUCAUUGUUGGAACUGUUGGAUGAAGAGUCCUUGAGGAAGGACACAGCUCUUCCAUCUCCAGAAUGGUCUUCUGAUCACAUUGCACUUUUGGCUGAAUUCCGCUGCAUGCCCAGGGCCAGACGCUGAUGCUGCAAACUCACAGAUGAAACAAUAUUUUAUAGAGAUAAUGCAGCUGUAAUAACUGAUACUCAAAGACUGGUUCCAGUGGAUAUGGUUAAGCUACAUGAGGUAGAUCGCGUGGCCAUGUCCCUGGGUUUUCUCCUGCUGGGGUUUUCACUUGCGUUCUACUCUGUAUCACAGUUUUAUUUACUUCUUGGUUCGUUUGGCUUUUCUUUCUAUAGUUAUUCCUCUUUGCCAGAAGGUUUUGUCUUCACUGGCUUGUCAUUGUAACAAUGUAAACAUUAGAUUCUUCAAGAAAAUAGUGACUUCACC